AUGGCGGCGGCAGAGGUGAGCAACAAGGGGGUGAUCCUGAAGCAGUUCGUGACGGGGUGCCCCACCGAGGACGACCUGGAGCUCGUCACCGGCGUCGUUCGGCUGGCCGUGCCGCCUGGGUCGGCGUCCGUGAUGGUCAAGAACCUCUACGUCUCCUGCGACCCCUACAUGCGCAACCGGAUGAGCGAGCACAACGAGGCCAGCUACAUGAGCGGAUGUGAAGAAUACACUUUGAUCACUGAUCCAGAGUCUCUUUUCAAGAUCAACCAUCCCGAACUACCUCUGUCGUACUACACAGGUGUUCUUGGCAUGGCUGGACUUACUGCGUAUGCUGGAUUUUUCGACGUAUCAAAACCAAAGCAAGGCGACUAUGUUUUCAUCUCAUCAGCAUCGGGCGCCGUCGGGCAGCUUGUUGGACAGCUUGCCAAGAUCACUGGCUGCUAUGUGGUUGGCAGUGCUGGUUCCGAUGAGAAGGUCAACAUCCUAAAAACCAAGUUUGGCUUUGACGAUGCUUUCAACUACAAGAAGGAAGAGGACCUCAACGCCGCACUAAAGAGAUGCUUCCCGCGGGGCAUUGACAUCUACUUCGAGAACGUGGGCGGUGCGAUGCUAGCCGCGGUGCUGCCCAACAUGAGGAUGAAUGGCCGGAUCACCGUGUGUGGGAUGAUCUCGCAGUACAACCUGGAGCAGCCGAAUGGUGCCCCUAACCUCUUUUGCUUGGUUGCCAAGCGCAUCCGCAUGGAGGGAUUCAUGGUCCUGGACUACUUCGGGACCUACAACAAGUUCGAGGAGGAGAUAGCGGGUUACCUCAAGGAAGGGAAGAUCAGUGUUGUUGAGGAUGUUGCUGAGGGGAUCGAGAAUGUGUCGACGGCGCUCAUCGGGCUCUUCUCUAGGCACAACAUUGGGAAGCAGCUUGUCACCAUCGCACAUGAGUGA